CGCCUAAUCCCCAAAAAUUCGAACAUUUGCCGCCUAAAAACACCACCUCCUUCCCUCUCUUACGUUUCACAUCUCUCUCCCUUGGAUCCACAUCCCAUAGAUCCACUUGUUACCCUCCAUCUAACCCUAGCUCUCCUUCAGUCCAGAUAUGGAGAGCGACGACGAUUAUGAUUUGUUCUCACUUCCCCAAGAACCCUCGCCUUCACUCCAUCACCGAAAGCUCAAACGCUUGAAGAAAGCAAUUCAUGUCUCAAUCGAUCCCCCAGUCGAAUCGGCAGAGAAAGUCGCUUCAUCGCCGCCAGUCGAUUCCUUCGAAUCGCAAGCUCCGGAAUCUUCCGAAACCAAGGGUUCCGAGGGUCUUGAAGUUGACAAUGAGUUGAAUUCUGUAAUUGAUGAUUUGCAUUCCCGUGAAGAUCGUAAGAAAACUAAGAGGGUUUUGGAUUUUGAUGUUGUGGAUGAAGAAUUUGAUGGGAAAAUGCCUGAUCAAAUUGGUGGAAUGGAAGAGAAUUUUGCGGAUUUGAAUAUGGAGAGGUCUGAGAAGAAACGAGUUAACGAAGAAGAUUCGAGUGAAGAUAAAGAGAAGAAAAAGAAGAGAGUUAAGAGUGGUGGUGAUGGUGUGAAGCUCAAAACAUCCAGAAGACGAGAAGAAAAGGAAAGGAAAAACUAUCUGCAGCAGCUUCAUGUCGAGUCUCAGAGACUCUUGCGAGAAACUAGAGAUGCCACCUUUAAACCUAUACCAAUUGUACAAAAACCUAUAUCAUCAGUCUUGGAGAAGAUUCGGCAAAGGAAACUUGAGGUGAUGAAGAAGGUCAGAACAGUUAGUUUAUAUGAUAAUUGUUCUGUUGAUGAGGACAAUGGUACUGUGAAGGAAGUUAUAACGGAUCAUGAUUCAGAAAAUGUCCUCACUGAAGAGAAAGAAGUUUAUAAAUUUGCAGAAGUGGUAGUGGUGCAAGAGGAGACAACUGCAUGUCAUGUUGAUGUAGAGAGUAGCUUAGAUGCUUCCUGUGUGAAUGAAUCUAAGGAAGCUGCAAGACAAUCAAGUCAUGAAAAUAGUCCUUACCAAAUGGCUGUGGAUGAACAAUCAAUGCCUGCAUUUCGAGCUCCAGUUGAUGAUACUCAGGAUCUGUUCUGUGAUUCCGAAACAAGUGAAGGGAAAGAUCCGAUGUUUAAUGAUGACAAUGAUAGUCCUUUGGAGGAAGUUUUAGCACCAUCUUUCCUUGCAAUGAACUUGAAGUUUGAUUCUGCUCCUCCUGAUGACAUUUCUUCUGAUGAAGAGGACAAUGACAAGGAGAAAAUUGAUCCAGAACCCGAAACAGCUGAUAAAGGAAGCUCUUCUCCAAAAGGUGAUCCUGUUAAAGCUUUUGUUGAUGAUGAAGCUGUGGAAGAAGAUGACAGCGACAAUGAUCUAUUGCACUUCCAAGAAAAUGAAGAAGAUGAGGAAAAUGAAGAUUAUGAGGAACUUAAGGAUAUGAUAGCAACUCAGUAUGAUGAGAAGCAAAUUGAUAUUGAAAGGCGCAAUGAACUUCAUCAGAAGUGGCUGGAGCAACAGGAUACAACUGGUACAGAUCAUCUUCUGCAGAGACUGAAAUGCGGACCGAAACUUAAAGACACAACUUUGCUUGAAGAGGAGGAAGAAGAAGAAGAAGAAGACGAGGAUCAACGGGAAUCUUGUGAUGAAGCUGCAGAAGACCCUGUAAAAACAAGUAUAGCUCGGAUCAAUUCAAGAAAAGCAAAGCAAAUGAUUCCUCACAUUUUUUCUGAUAAAAAUGAUGGCUACGUAUCAUCUGAUGGUGAGGAGACAGAGAGGAGGCUAGUUAAACAGCGCCUUCUAGACAAAGCUGAAGAGCAGGGUGUAUUGUUAUCCCCGGGCAAGGAUGAGAGCUCUAGAGAAGUAUUUGGUCUCAUAAAGAAGUUGAAUAUCGUGCCUGAUGCCAAGAAGAAAGCAAGGACAUCAUCAUUUUUUGAUAAGAUGCUAACAGGAGGAAAUAACAACGGCUCUUCAAAGUCAACUUUCCUUGGUCGAGGACCAAGCCAUUCUCUUCCAUCAUCCCACAAGCAAGGAAAAGGCAAGGUUCGAUCUUUCAUUUUUGGAAGAGAUGACAGUAAUAGCAGGAGUUCAAUCUCAAUGUCAGAGGAUUCUUCUGAUGCGAUUCCAAGAGAAAAUCGACCAGCAAGGAACGCUACGACUAAGUUCAGUAGCUCACAAUCCAAAUUCAUUACUCAAAGUACCAAUGACACUGCUGAAGCAGUUUCUGGUGCUUCACUUUUUGAGAUAUUGAAGCGAUCUUCAAUGCAGUCCAAUGACUUCAAUCAGGACACCAUGGUUGGCCUAACUCAAACUGUAUUUGCUGCUUUUAAAAUUCCAAAGAAACCGAUAAAGAUUGAAGGAAGGACAUAGAACAAAUUAAAGAGUUCUACAGCAUUCUCACUGUUGGAAGAAUUCUUUGCGCAUUAGGUUUUUUAAUGGUGAGAUUCUCUAGUUCAGAUUAUUGUUAAGUUUUGCUUUGCCAAUUUUCAAGUUCUAGAUGCUGAACCAAUUGAAACAUGGCUCCUUUUAUGAGGCCAAGCCUGAUAUAAUCUUAGAAGAACUUGAAUUUACUGAUUGCCUUGAGAUAUAAAUGUAUAUUCUAUAUCAAAAGGCUAGAUUUGCUUUCUUGACAUGGUGCUUGUAUUCCUCGGAGAAGGAAGAUAAGCAAAUUCUGAAAUUCUAUUUGAUUUGAAGUUCUUUAUCUUUGAAUGGAUUCAAAA